CAAAGACGCAAAGCGAAUUCUUCCUUUCUCUGGUCUGGUUUUCUGUUUAUCUAACCUUUGUCAAUGGCGUCUGAUCUUGAGAAGAGGGCUAAGGAGGCCUUCGUGGAUGAUAAUUUCGAGCUUUCUGUUGCUCUUUAUACACAGGCCAUCGAUAUCGACCCCAAUAAUGCAUAUCUUUAUGCAGACCGUGCCCAAGCCAAUAUCAAGCUUAAGAAUUUUACUGAGGCCGUUGCUGAUGCAAACAGAGCAAUUGAAUUGGACUCUUCAAUGGCUAAGGCAUACCUACGCAAAGCUACUGCAUGUAUCAAUCUUGAAGAAUAUCAGACUGCUAAAGCAGCCCUUGAGGCAGGGGCAUCUUUAGCGCCAGACGAUUCAAGGUUUACCAGUUUGAUUAAGGACUGCAAUGACUGUAUCGCAGAGGAAACUGGUGAUAUAACUAAGCAUUCAACACAAAGUACUCUACCAAAUGCUGUGACUCCUGCUGAGUCACAUUUAUCAAAUGGAACUGUAAAAGAUUCUGUUCUGAGUCAGGAAAGCCCGCAACCAUUGGUGACAUCAGCCAAACCAAAAUACAGGUAUGAAUACUACCAGAAGACAGACGAAGUAGUUGUGACCAUAUUUGCUAAGGGAAUACCAUCCAAAAAUGUGGCUGUUGAAUUUGGUGAACAGAUUCUAAGUGUUACCAUUGAUGUUGCUGGAGAAGAUCAAUAUAUUUUUCAAACUCGCUUGUUUGGGAAGAUAAUACCUGAGAAAUGCAGAUAUGAUGUUCUGUCAACCAAAGUUGAGAUUCGACUUGCAAAAACUGAAGCCAUCAACUGGACGUCUUUGGAAUUCAGUAGGGGAAAUACAAUUACACAGAAGAUCAAUGCCCCAUCAGUUGGAGGUACUGGAACUGCUCGACCUACAUAUCCAUCUUCAAGAACGAAUGCAGUUGAUUGGGAUAAGCUAGAAGCCGAAGUCAAGAAGGAGGAGAAGGAAGAAAAGCUAGAUGGAGAUGCAGCUUUGAAUAAACUGUUCCGGGACAUAUAUCAAGAUGCUGAUGAGGACACCCGGCGAGCCAUGAGGAAAUCUUUUGUGGAGUCGCAUGGGACAGUUUUGUCCACAAACUGGAAAGAAGUGGGUGCAAAGAAGGUGGAAGGCAGUCCUCCAGACGGCAUGGAGCUUAAGAAAUGGGAGUAUUAGAUUGUUCAGUGGCUCGAUUCUACUGCAGAUUCUGUGAUUCCUUCUCUCUCUCUCUCUCUCUCU